AUGACUACCUAUACGCUGUCGAAAGGCAGUGACAGGCCACAAACAUCGGGUGAUACUGAUGGACCACAACCAUAUGAUGUUCUCAGCAAAUAUCUGAGAUUUCCAGAUUUUGACCAGGAUCAAUGGUGGCAGAACACAGCACCGAUGCUAGGGAAGCUCCUAUCACAGUGCAAAUACAAUGUUCACCAGCAGUAUCAACACUUGUGUCUCUAUGGUCUACACGUCAUACCUUUUCUUGGACCAUGGCCUGAUAUUCAACGCAGUAAGCUCUACAAAAGUGUCCUCAGCGGACUAGGGUCACUGGAAUUCAGUCAAAACUUUACAAAGACCGGAAAGACUGUACGAAUGGGCUUCGAGCCGACAACAUUCAUUGCUAGUACCAGUCGCGAUGUAUGCAACAGACAUUGUCUCGGCAAGGUCCUGAACCGCUUCAAGCAGCUGGAUAUUAAACUGGACUUGCAACUAUAUCACCAGCUAGUGAAUGAGGUAUCAUUGACUGAUCAAGAAGAAAAUACACUUCUAGAGCGAGCAAUAUUGGAUGAUGAGCCGGCCAAGUCACAGAGCCUUCUAGCACUAGAUUUCAACAAGGAUGACGUGACGGUCAAGUUAUACUUAUACCCUCAACUGAAAUCGUUGGCCACCGGCAUUCCUCGCACGCAGUUGAUGUUCAGCGCGGUGCGGAACGUGGAUAAAACGCGUGCUUUCAGUGAAUCCAUGAACAUGAUCGAGGAGUACUUCACCUCAGUCCGGGCCAAUGCCGCCCCAUACUGGAUAUCCUGCGACCUCGUCGAGCCUAACAAAACUCGAUUCAAAAUUUACAUCGCGCUGUUCCAAGUCAACUUUGAGAAUGCCGUAAGCAUGUGGACUCUCGGCAACCGGAUAACAGAUCCUGAGACGAUGAGAGGACUUGCCAUGGUCCGCGAUCUAUGGAAUUCUUUCGAUAUUCAGGAUGGCCUGCGUGAACAGAAGAACCGACCUGGAAACCCAGGUGAUCCAUCCAAUAUUGUUCCAAUGUUGUUCAACCUGGAGAUACUUCCCGGUAAGGCAUAUCCACAACCCAAGAUCUAUUUCCCUACGACUGGAAUGAAUGAUCUGGAUGUCGCAAAGGUCAUGGUCGAAUUCUUUAAACGACAUGGGCUCCACGAGCACGCACAAUCAUACAUUGACAAUUUGGCUUCUUAUGUGUAA